AUGGAUAUAAUAGAAGGAGAUGGUUCUAUUAACAAUCGUGUCGGCGAUUUGGAAAGACAAGUGCUCAUGUUUGAGCGUAUGUUGCUUACGUUGAGUGGGACGUUAGAUCAGCAUUUUAAGAAGUAUGACAUGUUAAUCUCCACGCAGCAACAACAAAUGGCAGAACUGAAUGCAAUUAUUUCAACUUUAUUAAAUGACCAAUACAGACAUUCAGAAAUUACAAGAGAAAAGUUGUCAAGUGCUCUACAUGGAAUUUCUGCCACAUCAGCAUCAGUCUCUACAACAAUGAACGAUACAAGUUUGAGAGUAGUAAGUAAUAGUAGUAACAGUAAUGACCAAUUGCCCGUUAAUGACGGUUACAAAGGGCUCCAUGGAAAUAUCGACAUAAACAGACUGGAAGGGAGUUCGAUGUCACAAUCGUCUUCAUUACAUACACCAUUAAUAAACAACUCUGCAUUCUUACCAACAAAAUUAUCACAGUCUUCGGGUAUACAAAAUACAAAUAAUAUGGUAAACGAUUAUUUGAAGACACCUGUAUCCAAUUAUUAUUCUACCGUAGCUACGACUAUGCAGAAUUCAAAUAGCCUGAACCAUUCUUCAAUUUCUAUAGCGCAAGAUCCUGGUGCCGUGAAUGUCACUGAACCAAUUAAAAGUGGCAAUGUAAUAUUUUACAAUCAAGCUGAAAAAUCAACAGAACCCACAAGAAAUAUUAGUGUUGACGAUAGAAACGUGGAAAUGAAUGGAACUCGACAAAGAAAAAAGAAGAAAAACGUUUUUGUUGGAGAAUUCCAAUUCAUAAAAUCACCACAUUCGAUACUCGAUCUGUGGAAGGAAUACACAGAGGGUAUAAAUGGCCAGCCAUCGAUUAGAGAACUGGAAUCAAUAUAUCAAACAGGAUGGAGACGUGACCCAGCUGUAAAUAAAAGGUUCUCGAGAAGGAAAGUACUAUACAAAGCAAUCGAAAAUGGUUUGAAUAGAGGCUAUACAUUAGAAUAUAUCAUCGAUCUGCUAGAAGAUUUUAGAUUUACAGAUGAAACUAAAAAACAAAAACGACCAAUAGGUUGGAUCUUCCACUCUGCAAAUAUUCCAAAUUUACUAAAAUAA